CGUCUUCCGCGAUUAUGAAAGUGGACAUCCUGCUGCUGGCCUGCGUGGCCCUCGGAGUUUCGAUUCCGGGCAGUUUUGCACAAAGCGCACCGUGCACCACCCCCAGCCGGCAGCCUGGCAUGUGCGUCCGGGUCGAGCGUUGCAAAAACAUCUACAGCAUCAUCACGAGCCCAACGCCGAUGCCCCAGUAUGACAACUACAUCAAACGGGCCGCGUGUACCCUUCCGGGGGUGCCCCGAAGCAUUUGCUGUCAGCCGACCGAGGUCGGUCCGGAACCGACGACCACGACGCUGGCCCCGUUGUCCGGGAACGUGAACCUGCUGCCGACGGACUGUGGCCAAUCGGUGAGCGAUCGGAUCGCCGGUGGUAACGUGACCAAGGUCUUUGACUACCCGUGGAUGGCCCUGCUGCGGUACGAAACGAACGGAGCGUUCAUUGACGGCUGUGGCGGAUCGAUCAUCCACAAGCGUUACGUGUUGACGGCGGCCCACUGCCUCAAGACCAGGAGCACGCUCAGAAUUGAUCACGUAAUUUUGGGAGAACACACCAGAAGCAGCGAAAUCGAUUGCAACAUCUACCGGGGCGCCGACGGAGAGGAAAUCGAGCGGGAUUGUGCCGACCCGGCCGAGCAGUACAAGGUGGAGUCGUUCGAGAUUCAUCCGGACUACAAUCGGCCAAAGUUCGCCAACGACAUUGGGCUGAUUCGGUUGGAGCGUGCCAUCACGUGGAAAUACCACAUCCGUCCGAUCUGCCUCCCGGUGACUGCGGACCUCCGGUCGAAACAGUUCGAUCGUUACGUCGUGACCGGCUGGGGCACAACCGAAAACCAAACCGGUUCGGACGUGCUGCUGGAGGCGAUUCUGCCCCGCGUCAGCAACGCCGACUGCCAGCAGAAAAUGACCGAGAACCGGCUGAAUGUGGCGCUCAGUGACAAGCAGAUGUGCGCCGGAGGAGAGAAGCUGGUGGACACGUGCCGGGGUGAUUCCGGAGGUCCGCUUGGGUUCAGCACCAACUACAACGGGGCGCGGUUCGUGCAGUUUGGCAUUGUUUCGGCCGGGGUGAACACGUGCGGACAGAAGAGCGUGCCCGGAAUCUACUGCCGGGUGGCCAGCUACAUGGACUGGAUCUUGCAGAACAUUAGAGCUUGAGAUGCGUGGACUUGAGUGUGAACGAGAGUUUUUUGAUAUGUGACAUAGAAAAUAUAUUUUUAAUUACCAAAUAAAUAAUGCUCACCUGAUUUGAA